AUUUCAAAAUUUCAGCUAGCGAUAGUUAAAGAAAUUAAGAGUCAAAACUGAAAUAAAACACUUUGAAAUGAUCAAAAUGAAACAUUUUGAUUGACCCAAACUGAUUUUUUUUUUCAAAUUUUCAGUUUAGGAAAUUUUUGAGAUUUUGACUUCUCAUCCCGAGUCAGGAUGGGGAAAAAAUUUUGUUCCCAUUUCCAGUAACCAUGGCCAGAGGGGCAGGAGUUCACCCCUUGCUCCUAGAGAGGAAGGCAGAAAAAUAAACAGCGGAGGGGGUAGGGAGGAUGACAGGAGUAUUUCAUUUAUAGGCAAAGCACUUUGUUGGUGCUUCAUAAAUAUUACAGGAGUUGGGUGGGUGAGGUUGCGGGGCCUGCAAUGUGCAGGAGGUCAGACUAGAUGAUCCUUUUGGCCUUAAAGUCUAUGAGUCUACACACACUGGGAAUUGACAGUCUGCUUAGGACAGUAUAGUGGCUGCGGUUGUUCCUUGACUUCAAGCUUUUCCAGGUAGCACAUCAGGAGAUGGACGGAGGGGGAGAGUUGUUCUAUGAUCCUUAAGAUCUUGACAUGCCUCUAACUGUGCUCAGAGGAGGUGUCUUGGAUUCUUUAUGUGCCCACGGCCCUCAAUCAGAUCACAGCCCCUUUGUGGCAAACACACGGUAAAAGACAGACCAGGCCCCGAUGAACUCGGUCUGAGGUCCUGACCCUGGCCACGCAAUGCAGGGUUCUGGUCACACACAGCCGCUUGCAGGGUAAGGGCCCAACUUACGACAAGACACACCAGAGAAAGUCAAAAGCAAUCGAACAAGCGUAGCAAACAAUGUGAGGGAAUGAGGUGAUGGAACAAUAGAUAAGGUGACCGAAGGGUGCACAGCUGAUGAAUGUGCACUGUAGAUGGGUCUGAGUCUUCUUACAAGUCCAAAUAAAUUUUGAGAUGCAAACAAAUGCACAAAAUACUCUGUCAAGUAUCAGAGGGGUAGCCGUGUUAGUCUGGUUCUGUAAAAGCAGCAAAGAAUCCUGUGGCACCUUAUAGACUAAUAGACGUUUUGCAGCAUGAGCUUUUGUGGGUGAAUACCCACUUCUACUCUGUGCGAUCCCCACUGUCCAUUAAUGAGCCAUUAGCAGUUGUCACCACCAGUGGCUUCGUGACACACAAGUAGGCCUUGAGGAGAAGGAGGCCUGGGGUGGCAGUUGUGAGGGCUAGUUGGGACAGGAACUCUCUGCACCUGGGAAGCAUGGGAGAAGUGGACAGACAGGCCGACAAGGGCGGCAUCGUCGGCAGAGUGGAGGCAGUAGGCCCAGACAAAAAGAAGCGCAGGCUGGACUCACACCUUGCUAAAUUCCGGCACCAGCCACAAGCCUUGGGGGAGCUGAAGGGAAUGAAACUGCUGGCUGCCUGCUUCAUGUACCUGCUGCUCACCUGUCUGGCCCUGCCCAAAGCCGAAUGCCGACUCCACGAGCGAUCCAUGGAAAUCAGGAACCCUGAUAUCGACCCUUCCUGGUACACGGGGCGUGGGAUCAGCCCCGUGGGACGGUUUGGCCAGAGGAGAGCUGUCGUGGAGAGCUCCCGGAAGUCGGGCUAUGGACACAGGCAAGCUUGCUUCCCUCUAGAAGAAAGCAGUGAAUCCCUUCAAGAUGAAUGAAAUGGCCAAGACAAAGAAUGAAUUUGAAUGAUGAUAAGAAAAGACCCUUCUCCUCUCUCCCUUCCACAUCCCAGCCUCUCUUCUAGGCACAUGAAAAUGUUUGGUCUCAUUUCAAUGUACAGUAUCUUUGUGGCUAUAAAUGAUAGAAACCAAAGAGCAGUUGAUAACUCCAGUAUUUUUGCAGACAAUUUCCCUCUUGUCUGUUUUUUCUUUUUCUCUCCCCUGUUCCCCAUUUGUCCCCAUCUCUGGCUUUUGCUCUUAAAUCUAACGUGAUUUGUGCCAGAAAAUUGCUGGGGGAAAGAAAUACAAAUUCCCAUGUUAAUUAUCUUCCUAGAACAUGGGCUCUUUUAU